AGGGCAUCUAGGGAUACUGCCUGCUUUCGCGUGCGUAAACAAACAUGGCUCUCGGUACAGUUCGCGAUAGCCCGAUAAAAUGCAUAUUUUUCUGCGAAUUUCAUCCAACGGCUGGGCCGAAGAUAAUGUACCAGGUUCCCGUGAACUACAUCAGUGAAGAAACGUUUAGUGCCAUCAGCGUCUACCUCAUACCGAAGCCCGAGCUUCAGCACAAAUUGAUCACUGUGAACAUGUGCGAAAUGAAAGUGAUAGGCUAUCCAGUGGGGAUCGACAGUGCCGAAUACGACAGAAACAGACUUAUGUUUAAUCUCUGCUUCGUCUGUGAUGCCAAAAUGCGCACCAUCCAGUACGAGCCUAUCGUGAGAAAGUUGGCCAACUACCUUACGACCCUUGAGCAAGAGACUAAUUUUAUCCGCAAUGACGCCAAGAAGUGCCAGCUGCCGGAGAUCAUGUCGAAAAUCCUCCACGACUUGAACAUCAAGCGGAGCUGUUCAAUUCCGAUAAAUGAAUCAACUACAAUUUACCUGAAAGUGACCACAGUGCACGAAGCCCCUCGAUUGGUGUCGGACCACGACGUGCCUAUCUUUACAGCUAGUCGCCCAGCGUGCACGCCCUCUCAGUGGGACCUCACCACGCAACAAUGGGAUAUCACAGCAAUGCAGAUAUUGCCAUUCAUUGAUGGCUUCAGGCAUGUGGCUAAGAUUGCAGUUGAAGCCGACGUUGAAGUUAGCCUAGUCAAAGAGUGCAUACGAAACAUGCUGUAUUACGGCAUAGUACAGCUGAUUCCUUUAUUCCUCUACUCUGCUGUGUAUGCGACGACACCAGAAAUCAGGACUCUUGCAACAGACACACAUGUCCAAAAGGAGUGCAUCUCCUAUGUUGCCAGACAAGGUCGACCACGACCAACAUUUAGGUCAAUAUUCGAGAUGUACUGCAGUUUUCACCUGAGCAACAGUGUUCGAGAUGUCUGUGCUCGGACUAAUCCACACAGCCUUGGAAUAGAUGAACGAAAGCUUGUGCAAUAUGGAGUCAUGAAGGGCCUCCUCCGUCGGUUGCACAAGUAUCCCAUAGACUUGAAGCGGGCAGCUGACAGUACUUCGAAGAUUAAAUCUGUUUCUAAGUACUUCGAUGGAGCUCACAGCUAUGAUGACAUUUGUGCCAAGACUGGGAUGAGCUACAAAGAGCUGGACGACAUACUUGACAAGGAUCCCAAUGUCUGUGUGUGCUGGAAGUAACCAAACCACACUGGUGCAGCAACUGUGUAUAUUUAAGUUAUCAAAUGUAUAUUUAAGUUAUCAAAUGAAAUUAUUUUAUUUGAGUUUUGUAUAUGAAACAAAGUGACUUACAUCAAUUCAUGGUAGCUUUUUUGUGUGUGUGUAUGCCACCACUGCAGCAAGAGAGAAAAAACACCAGAAAAUAAUGGCAAUACUUUUUAUUGAUCCAGUAAGUUGCGAGCAGAAACGUAGCACUUUCUUUCCAUCUUGACGAAAAUUACCAAGUUAGUGCAACAUUAGUGAAACUCUCUUAUCAGCUUUCUUUACCUCUUUGUGGUGUUGGCGCACCUGAAUGAGUGUUCAUUACAAGUGUUAUAAACUACAGGACAAUCACAAUAAAACAAAUUAUAUUACCCCUCUGUUGUGUUCUUGUACCUGAAGAAUAACCUCACCAGAAAGGUAGAGGACUUAAGAACAAUAAUAAUAGAGCACAGAUUAUUUUGCUAGAUUAUUCCAGGGCUCAUGUAUGUAGACAAUAUAUACCGCUAGACAUUAUUGAGCUAUCCAGUGCCUAAAAAUAUAAUUGUUGGGAUUGUUUGAAGAUACCUGCAAGCAUCAACUUGUGUAAGCUGUGGCAAUUUCCCACAAAAUAAUAGAGAGUUUCAAGCUGCCAGUGUGCUUUUAUUAUGUUCGCUCCAGUUCUUAAGUUUCUGAAUUAUUUGAUUUUAAUUGAGGAAGAAAAACGCUCAUCUUGGACACCAGGCAUACAGCAUGCGAUGAUCGGGCCUACACGCUGUAAAAGGCCACAAUAAAGGUCCACACACUAAUUUUGAUAUUGCUAAUUAUGAAUGCUCCAAUGAUGAAUGUGUCAUACCAGCAGUCUUUUUAUUCCCUCAUUCAUAUGCACUUCAGUAGGCAUUAGUGAAAUCUUGCUUUUCAUCGUAACUGCAUUUAUGACGUAAUAUAAGUAUGGCCAAUGGGAUACAAAAGGUUGAUAUUCUUCAUUUUGACAACAGUACUAAAUACCAUGAGGCAUUAGCACAAAUAUGCAAACAUCAUACAUACUGAUGAAACACUAAAAAAAAAAACCUUAGGAGAGCUUUUGCUGUUCAAGUCUCCAAUCAUUGCAACGCUUCACCAUCAUGACCACAUAUAUUACAACACGCUCUACUGGCAGUUCCUCAUAGUACUGUAGUUCUAUAGCCCACACACACA